GCCCGGCCUGGCAGCGCCGCCGCGGCCCGGUGCGUUGAGCCGGUGCUGCGCGGCCGGGCCGCGGGCGUCCCGCGCCUCAGGGAGAGGACCCGGAGGGUCCGUGGGCCUCGGCGAGACCCGCCCCCGGGGGAAGGCCCCGUGUCGGGGGUGCCCGAGGCGGUGGGGCAGGGUUGGGAGGAACCGGCACGGGAGCGGACAAAGGUGGCGGAGCUGGGGGGGGGUGCGGGUGGGGCGGCGCGUCCCGCCCGGCUCCCCCACGCGUGGUGGUGACCGCUGCGGGGUCCCUGCGGGGACGCGCGAGUUUGCACCCAGUCACCCCAGUUGCCCGGGCGCAGCACAACAGAGGCGGGGGGGGAGCUUAACCAGCCGCCUCCGCUGAUGUGGGUGGGCGCUUGGGGCUGCCUCCCUCCACGCCAGUUGUUAUUUGUCACGGGUGCAGGCGGCUGGAGGCGCAGGGAGGAGGCCAGUGACCGGCGUGUCAAUGCUCCACAGAGUGUGACUGCGUGGAGGGGUGGUGCAACACUCUGAAGAGAAAAACGAGGAGACAAAUGCACUCGAAUUGCCUAUCGAGAGUAGUAUUGAAUGGGGAUAGUUUUAUUUUUUCUUUUUUUGGCGUGAGGAGGAGAGUUUCGCCAUAGCUGGAAGGGCAGCUGUUCAAAAUGAAGCGGUAUAGUGCUGGUGACUUCAGGCUUUGUGUAGAAGGAGUCAUGUUUAAAAGAUUAAAAACCUGUUGGUUUACCCAUAUUGAGAAACAGUUUCUGUUACGCGGUCAGGCAGCCCCCAGAAGGCAGGGUGGUCACCUGGAGCGUGUAAUAGAUGCCUGAGGAACUUUUCUCUCUGUUACACUGCGAUGCUAAACCACGCCGACGAGUUCUGGUCCUAGCAGGAAGGAACAGGCAUUCAGUGAAGUAAUCUGAAAUCCUGGGAUUUCGCAGGUUCUGAUGCUCAUGACAGCAGCACAAGCAAGAUUUUAAAUAGACAGAAUUGUCAUAAUGUUCCAGUUCUUUUCAAGCGGUAAAUUCGUAAGUUGCAAAUGUGUAAAAUGGCUAUGUUUUUAGUGUCAGAACACAUUACAGGAAGAAACGGAGCAAAAGGGGCCUGAGUUUAUGAUGUAAGAGAUUAUUCAUUUUUAAUUAAUAUUAGCUUCUAGUUUCAACAAGUUGAGUGUAGAAGUUGGUAUAAUCUAGGUAAUUAACAGUGAGAGAUGCUAACCUGUGGUAAAAAUACUCAGUUUUAGCUUGUAAUGUAAGGAUCCAGUAUUCCCUCUGUGCAUUAAUGUAGAAAGAUAAUUAAGAGAUUUCCCAUUUUCCAUCCUUUAUCUAAGAUGCAUAUAUUAAAUUGCAUUAAUCUUUCUUCAGAGAUAAUACAAUCUAUUGUUUUUGUCAUUUAUAUGUUCUUUGUCAAUGUUGCUGUUUCUUUUAUAGUCAAAUGAAAGGAAACUCCACACAGUACUCCCAAGUGUGAGAUUAGCAAAGGUGGUGUAAAGGGGAAUUAUUACCUCUCUGGCUUUAAAAAUCAAACCUGGUGUAUACAUGACUUGUAUAUACAACAUUUGCUUCUCCUGAAAUAGUAUGAGCUCUUGUCUAACACAUGCGUUACCAGGGAUGGCUCAGGGACAAAAUGUGGCAUCAUUAUUUUUUUUCGCAGUCUAAUAGCUGUUAUUUGUUUUUACACACACCCUUCACAUUGGAGCCCUUCCAAAUCCCCAGUAUUUUUCUGUAUAUUUCCCACCUUUUCUCAGCGGUCUGGUUGGUGAAUAACUGCGCAACUACAUCCUGUUUCUGCUCUCAUAGGAUGAAAUUGUGAAUACUGGGGAGCAGCGUUUGUGAAAACAACAAAAAGUAAUAGGUAUAGUAAUUGUUAACAGGAUGGGUUGGUUGGAAGCUGGAAAGUAGAUUUGUGUAUAUAAAUUCUCUGUAAAAGAGGUAAAAUAGACUGAAGAGAUCUAGUGCUUUUGAAUGCUUUAGUUUAAUUAGAGCCCGUUCCCAUGAAAUUUAUACAGAAACCGUAAGACAUUUUCCUUUAUCAAGGUUUGUUGUGUUUGAAAGAAGGAAGUAGUGAAUUACAGUCUUAGAAGGCUUUCUGUGUGUAUAGCACGAAGGGAAGAAGGGUUAGUCGUAACAGAAAAAGAGGAUUUGCACGUAUAAUAGGAAUAGUUGUCAUUUAAAUAAUGAUAUGAAUAGGAGAGAUUGUAAAUAAUAACAUGGGCUCUAAUGUAUUUUGGAAGAAGGUAGCAGCUUUCUUCCUUUGGAAAGUUUUAUUCCAGGUGUAGUUCAGUCUGGUUCUCUGGAGUCCUGUCUGUCGUGUGAAACUAGAGGUAACUCUUCCACGGUCCUUUCAGCUGGUCGGGCUCGGGGCUCUUGCAGUCUUACUGCCCUCCUGAGCCAGCACUGGCUUCGUGUUAACUGGCAACGAGUUGGGUCGGGGAGAUGAACGGUGUGAAAAUUGCUUGUGGGAGUGGUGGGUGUCUGGCCCGGCCGAGCCCCGGGACUCCUCCGGCUCCCCAGCAGUGCUGGCUGGAGAGGUAGCUGCAGAGCAGAGAGGGACGGGUCUGUGCGGGGCCGAGCUCAGGCCCCUGCCCAGAGGCUGGGCACUGGAUCCGGUUUGGAAGUGCCAAAUGGGCACGUAGGGCAUAGGACAGCACUUCACAGGGUCGCCGUACGGUCAUAGCGCGUUGCUUUCUGUUUCUAACCAAACCCUUAAUGCCCUCUGUGCUGCUCUGUGGUGGCUGCUGAAGGACCUGGUAUUUAAUAGCUCUGCUUCAGUCCAUUUAACAACACCUGGACAGAAAAACAAACAAACAAACAAACAAAAAAAACCCAAAACCCAAACAAGUAGAAGAUGACUGCUGCUUGGGAGGAGGAUAAGAAGAUACAUUUAAAAGUAACCUUUAUUAAGCUUUGAUUGGGCAUAAUUAUGCCUGUACAAAAGGAAAUAUAUAAUACACAACAGACCAAAGAUGCUGCUGGAGAUUGGAAGAAGUAAAAUGCUUUCUACGGGGACUUCUGCUUCUGAUGCCAGGACUCUUUUGAAGACUUACUUUGUUGCUCGGCUUAAAGGAAGAUGAGGUUGUUAAUGAAUUCUAAGCAUCCUUCAGGAGGCUGGAGACCCUUCUAUCAUUGGUGAAUACUGUCAUGGGCAACUUCAAAGGCUCUUUUCCAAAACACCACAAGCAGUUAAUGCACCUUAUCAGGGACUCCUGACCUUUUGCAUCUUCCGAAGUUGUACCUAGAUGUCACCAGUGUUUCCCAUGUUAACAGUUCUGAGCAUGUUUUACUAUAUGUGCCUUCGGCGCCGAGCUAGGACAGCGACGAGAGGAGAAAUGAACAGCCGGAGGGCUAUUGAAUCAAACACCCGAGCCUUACCUAUCAAUGUUGAAAUAGUUCAGUAUGCCAAAGAAGUGUUGGAUUUCAGCUCUCACUAUGGUAGUGAAAACAGCAUGUCAUAUACCAUGUGGAAUUUAGCAGGUAUUCCAAACGUGUACCCUAGCUCUGGUGACUUCACUCAGACUGCCGUCUUUCGAACUUACGGGACCUGGUGGGAUCGUUGCCCGAGCGCUCGGCUGCCGUUCACGAGGACGCCACCCACCUUCUGCAGCCAAGACUACGUGGAACUUGCUUUUGAGGAACCAGUUUAUCCCACAGCAGUGCACAUUCUGGAAACAUAUCAUCCUGGAGCUGUAGUCAGGAUUUUGGCAUGCUCUGCAAAUCCUUACUCACAAAAUCCACCAGCUGAAGUAAGAAGACUUCUGCAGGCCUCCCAUUCUACUGUAAGAUGGGAAAUCCUUUGGUCCGAGGCACCUACAAAGGUGAAUGGUCCUCAGGCUCGGCAAUUCACACCCUGUAUCAAACAGAUAAACUUUCCCACAAACUUAAUCCGACUGGAAGUGAACAGCUCUCUUCUGGACUAUUACACUGAACUGGAUGCAGUAGUACUACAUGGUGUGAAAGAGAGACCUGUGCUUUCACUUAAGACUUCGAUGAUUGAUAUGAAUGAUAUUUAUGAAGAUGAGGAUGAAGAAAAGUAUGACUGUGGAAUGGACACCCUUAAUAAACAGUUCAGCAUUGUUACCCUCAGGGAAUGGCCAACUAAUGGAUAUUUUGAUAAACUGCCUUAUGAGCUCAUCCAGUUGAUUUUGAGUCACCUUACAGUACCAGACCUGUGUAGACUAGCGCAAACUUGUAAGCUUCUGUAUCAACAUUGCUGUGAUCCUCUACAGUACAUUCAUCUCAGUUUGCAACCUUACUGGGCAAGGAUUAAUGACACAUCUCUGGAAUACCUACAGUCUCGCUGCACUCUCAUCCAGUGGCUGAAUUUAUCUUGGACUGGAAACAGGGGAGCCAUCUCUGUUUCUGGAUUUAGCAGGUUCUUGAAAGUUUGUGGCUCUGAACUAGUACGUCUGGAGUUGUCUUGUGGCCAUUUCCUGAAUGAAACAUGCCUGGAGGUCAUUACUGAAAUGUGUCCAAAUCUUCAGGAAUUAAAUCUCUCAUCAUGUGAUAAAAUACCACCUCAGGCUUUCAACCACAUAGCCAAAGUGGGCAGCCUAAAGCGUCUCAUUCUCUACCGAACAAAAGUGGAGCAAACAGCCCUGCUCAGUAUUCUGAACUUCUGCUCGGAGCUGCAGCACCUCAGCCUGGGCAGCUGCGUCAUGAUUGAAGACUAUGAUCUUAUAGCAAGCAUGAUGGGAGCAAAAUGCAAAAAGCUUCGCAGUCUGGAUUUGUGGAGAUGUAAAAACAUAACUGAAAGCGGAAUAGCAGAAUUGGCUUCAGGCUGCCAGCUUUUGGAAGAACUUGAUCUUGGCUGGUGCCCUACGCUACAGAGCAGUACAGGCUGUUUCACAAACCUUGCACGUAAACUCCCAAACUUGCAAAAGCUCUUUCUUACGGCCAACAGGUCUGUGUGUGACACAGACAUUGAGGAGCUUGCUGCUAACUGUACGCAUUUGCGGCAGCUGGAUAUAUUGGGGACGAGGAUGGUAAGCCCUGCAUCUUUAAGAAAAUUGCUGGAGUCUUGUAAAGAUCUUUCUUUACUCGAUGUGUCCUUCUGUUCACAGAUUGAUAAUAGAGUUGUCCUAGAACUGAAUGCCAACUUUCCUAAUGUGUUCAUAAAAAAGAGUUUCACCCAGUGACUCACUACAUAUGCUGCUGUGGAAUUCGUUUGACAGAGUUGUUUCCUGUGAAUUUGUGCUGACUUUUUUACAGAAGAAUAUAAAUCCCCUAUGAAAUAGUGGAAAGUAUUAACUAUCUACACAAAUGGGUAACAUACAUUUAAAUAUAUUGCGCAUUUCUUAAAGAGUUGAUAUCUACCUAAGAAUUGGUUUACUCUGUUAAUUGGUGGCACUGCAUGUUUUUAAAUAGCGGCCAUAUGUGUGGCUUUAAUGAGAAGAAAAUGAGUAACGCCGUCUUAAAUGGCCCUUCAUAGGGUGUUACAUACAACAAACUGUUUUAAUGUCUAGGUGAAAGCAGAAGUUCAAUAUCUAGCAGUAAGGAAAAGAUGGGUGCUUCCUUUUUAUGUAUAUGUGUUUGUGUGUGUAUAUAUAAAUGUAUACAGAUGUAUUUGUAUAUACAUACACAGAUACUGUAGCAUUCUGGUUUGGCCUGCAGCAUAAGCUGUUAUGAUCUGGCCUGUAAUUAGUUGUUUGAAAACCUGUUCAAGCCUGCAUAAGAAUGGAUUGAAAAGACACUUUGUCGUCUUCAUUUUUCUGUCAGUGAGUUCUAUCUGAUACAUUUUUCUCCCUUCCUCCACCUGAAAUAAAUGUAGUGAUGUUUUACAGUCCAGCCUAAGUGACACAACAGAUAAAUGCAAGAACCCUCCACCUGAAUUUAGAGCAGAAACGAAAGAGAAAAUUGCCUGCUGCUUUCUUGGUAUUGGAUAUAAGGUUUGAGCCAGAUACUUGGUGGCAUAACUGGUAACACGUCGAAAACUCCAGAGCAGUUUUCAAAUUUCUGUCAUGGUCAAGACUUGAUUUGUGAUACACCUGGUUAUCACACAGAGUACCAUAAAAACUAGAGCUUAGGGUAAUGCAGCAGCGACUGUACCUUACACUGGCAUCAAAUCUACUGUCAGGUGUAAAAGCAAACAUCAUUGUUCAGUAAAACAGCAAUGAAAAUAUAGUGGGUUUAAAACAAGGGCAAUAUGAUUUGGUGAUUUAACAGUCACCAAACCUCAGUGUUGGAUUGGGUUGGGGUUUUUUUUUUGUUUUUCCAAGAGGUGACUGCUCACAGUACUAUUGCACUCUCUCUCUCUAACACUGUUUAGCCUUUGGAGAAGGAAAACUGUUGAUGGACAGAUUCUAGAGGUUUCUUCCUUUUGCAUUUCCUUAGAUGAAGUUUUUCUUUUUUUUUUUUUUUUUUUUCUUGAAUACCACUGCUAGAGCAUGUUGCUAUGUACAGCUUGAGUUUAGAAUGUUACCUUUUUAGCCAUUGUUGAUGCAUACAGACCAUGAAAUACAGCCUGCCAUUUGGUAUUGGUUCCACUGUUCUUGUACUGAUGGCACUUACUACCUACUGGAAUAAGAAGAAAAAUACUUUGUCUGGCAGAAGUACAUUAUUGCACUGAAGAUCACUGGCAAAGAAAACGUCAGUUUAUGCAGUAAAUAACCGACCGCUACUGGAGGACUGCUACGAAUCAUUAAAGAUUUGACAAUCUCUGUGACUCCUGAAUGAACGCUUUGAACUCUCUGUGCUGGUGCCAAUACUUUAUAAACCAUGUCAUGAAACAGCUACAGAACAUUUAUCUGAUUUUAUAGAAAGACCUCUUACUUCAGAUUUUUAAAUUUUACAGAAUCUUUUGGGAAUUCCAGAUCCAAAGAAGGGUAUGCACAGUUGGCUUUUUAUUUUUUUUUUUUCCUCCACACAGAUGGCACUAUGGGAUUUCCAAUUAGAUUAUGCCAUUCCAUUUUAUUUUUUAAUUAUUUUUUUCCUCCAGAAAACUGGACAAUCUUUAGAUCGAUUUACUUUAUUUUUCCACACUGACAGAUGUCAGCUAUGGUGUGAUUCGGUAUGAGACCUCAUUUCUUUCAGUCAGGUUUGGGUUGAUUUAUUUUUCUGGGAACUUUUAAGUUUUUUUUAAUCUACAAGUAGAAUUUUUUUCAUUGUAGUUAAGUGUUAAACAUUAUUGUUCUAGUUGCAGGAGAACACAGGUUCAGAUAAUGAGAGUUUACAAAGAACAGUAUUUCAAAACAAAUGUUUUUGUUGUAAAAUUUCACUUCUCAGGGUUCAUCUGUAUUUAUCUCCUUUUUUCCCUUAGAGAUCCUUCUUGUUUGUUUUUCACUGUAAAUAGAAUGGGAUGUGGAUGAAGUGAUAGCCAUUGUGCCUUCAAACUGGUAAACUCCGUAAAAAAUACAGUUUCACUUCUACAGCAUCAGUGAAUCACAUAAGUGUUUUUGUAAUCACGUGUGUGUAAAGGAUUUAAUUCUCUGUUGCUUUUUUGGUAGUAUAAAGAAGGUUUAACUUGAUGCUUUGUUCAUACUAAAGGAUUUUUUUUUCCUUACGUUGUGCCUUCUGCUUCAAAAUGUUUUUGUCAGGAAUUCUCUGUUGUCACUUGAAAGAUAAAUUGAAGUCUGCUUUUUAUUUGGACGAUUUAAAACUUUGGUAUUGCUAACACAAUUAAUUCAAAUAGCGGAGAGAGAAUUGGGAAAGACUUCCAUCUAUAGUUGUAAACUUUAACUUUCAAUCAACGGGUAAGAAGCUCUUUUAGCUAUGGCUUUAUGCGUCCAAGAAGUCUUCCAGUAAAGAGAGGAUAGACCAGACUUGACAUUUAUGAUAUUUCUAGAAUAAAGAAAACAACAUGCUUUUAGACCUUCCUUAUACUUCAUGAAGAAGCAAGAAUAGGUCACUGUUUUUUUUUAGUUCUGCUAUUUGAUACUUAUGUGUGUCUAUCUAUUUAUACAUAGGGAUGUAUAAAUUAUACAUAUGCACACAUAUGUUUGUGUAUAUAUGAAAAUUUUUUGUAUGUGUGUACAUACUUCUACAUAUAUGUAUAAAUCUCAAAGGUCUUCAUGUAGGAAUUACUUUUGUGAAGUGAAUGUAAUAGCAAAAGAUGUUUCAUAGCAGUUCUGUUUUCAACUGUUGUUUUACUGUACCUGGAGACGGAGUUGCUCUCCACCCGUGCAGCAGGAAAAGCCUGGGCAGGAGUUGUGCUGGAUUUCCUGUGUUGCUUUGCCAAAGUGCCUUCUGGUUUGUCUACACGUGCAAGGUAUUACAGGGUAUGGUAGAGUGUGAAUGCAAAGUCCGGUAACUACUGUGGACUGUCUCCUGGUGAAGCAGUCAUAUAGAGGGAAACUUACCCUAAUUUCAUUUAAUCCAAAAUGAAUGGUGGCAAUUCCUCAGUCGGAGGAAUUUAAUUAUUUUGGAAUUGGGUUGUCAUCUCCAACACUAAAUCGUCCCUCAGUUGUGUUAUCUAAAUUCUGCUUUUAAGGAUAUUCCAUUUUUUUUUUUAUCGUGUCCUUUCAUCUUGUCUGUCUUAAGCAAUGUAAAAGAUAUGCUUUGGCAACAGAUGUUAAAAAAGCAUUGCUGACAUGUCCAAAAAAAAAAAAAAAAAAGGCUUGCUCUGAAGUGCUCGUGUUCUUAAACUAAAUGGGGGCUUCUGUACUAUCUGUAUGAAGUUGGUGUGGGAUGGCAUAUAGGUAGAUACGUCAUUCUUCUGGUCGUUUUAAAAAUUACUAUGAUAAUUUUACCAUUUAAGUCAUCUUCCCAGCUCUUGAAGGCUUCAAUUCAAUAGUGUACUUAACUUGUAUUCAUAAUUCUGAGCUGUCUGGCUAGAUAGCUCCUUGGAAAUGUAUGGGGUUUCUGUUGUUUAAAUUAUGGACAUUAUUAAGUACAUGAGUGAGCAGGACUUAUAUGGAAGAACAGUUUUGCAUAGGAGCUUGGGACUUGUAAUCCCCAUGUACUUUUGGAGGUCCAAAUUUCAGACCAAAAAAAAACCCAAAAAGAUUAAAAAAAAAAAAAAGACGACCCUUGUAUUUACUGCCUGAUUCUUUCCCUGGAGCUCUCAGCUCUCAUGCCAGCGUUUCCACGUACAAGACAUCCAGCAGUUGUGGUAGACAGUGGGCAGAAUUCACCUCACUGAAUGUUAGCUCUCAGAGUUAGGCAUCUAGUUUAAGGCAGGAAUCUGGGCACCUCUAGAGAGCAAUUAAUCUCCCGCUAAGAUAGAUGUUUAAGGAAAGUGGAAUGAGUCAUAUUUUGGAGGGCCUCUCUGGAGGCUGUGGAAGCAGCAGUUUAGCUCAGGUCAGAUACUUGGAUUUAGAACACUAAACUGAGAUUAAUUCCAUCCAGCGCUGUACUACCUGGCUUGGGAUAGCAAACGACGAGACUGGAACAACAUUCAUCCCCAAACCUCAAAACCCUCCAAAAAUCCAUCCACAAAGAAGCAAAUUAAAGAGGUGCUGACAACUUGAAAAGUCAGUGUUUUAAAUGCCGGGAUCUACUUCUGCCCCCGAGUGCCAUGCCAGUGGCCAAUGCCUGUGGUAUGUGCUUUUUGGUUGGUUGGUUGGUUUUAGUGGAAAUGCAUCCCCUUUCCCUGCUCUGAAAUCUCAUGUACCUAACUGGCUGUAUGUAUAGUUCUGUAAAUGCAUGAAAUUAAUGGGCAAAUGUAAUUAAUGUACUGCAGCUAUUUUGAUAAUCUUUCAUAUUGCUAUAAUUAAGACUAUGACUAGUUUAACUGCUCUCCUGUCAUCAGAAAUGUCACCCACUGUGCAUUUGCAAAAAUUGUGUGUUUAGUCCUCGUUCUUACUGUGUAUACUUACUGCAUCUGAUGGGAUAUGUUUCCCACAUCACAUCUGCAGGACUACUAAAUUCACAAAAGCUAGAUAAAAUGUAGCAUUUUAUUAUAUGGAGUACGGGGGUGACUUUCUAUAUUGAUUUACAUAUUCAUUAUUACUCAUUUGCAAUGAUUCCGUAAGUUGUAGCUUUUGAAAUUACUAGGCUAGAAAUUCUUGGUUUAAUGCAUCUGUUACAUGCCGUGUUAGACACAGGCAACGUUUUUCCCAAAUGAAGGCAUUUAUCCUUCACUGAAAUGAUGAUUUUUGUGGUCUUAGAUUUCUGACUUGAAAAUGAAAUCCAAUAAGGGCUCUUUAUUAAAUAUUACCAGGCAUGGGACAGGUUGGUAUAACUGACAUCAGGAAGGGCUGAGGCAUGAGUCUUGUGUGUUACAGUUCCUCACGAUCUUCAGAGAAGGGCCUCAGCAAGAUGUGGCUCUUUUUUAAAACAAUUCAGCCUCAGUAUUAGCAGGCAGUGGUGAGAUUUUCCUUUUUAGCAAAUGGACUACGCACUGUUAUUCUGAGUUAUGUAGCUCUAGUCUCUCCCUGUCUUGUUUUCAUUUAAGAAUGAGAAAUGGCACAGUUAGGGCAGGCGUCCUAAAUUGGAGGGGAUCCUUUGUGAGGAAUGAGGUUUUUCUCUUGCAUGUUUUGUUUCCCUUUUCUAAAAACAAAUAAAUAAUAAUUAAAAAAAACUCAACUAUUUGAAAGCUCUUUUUUUUUUUUUUCUUGGAUACUGAAGAAAUGCAAAUGUAAAGAAAGUUGAGAAAAGAAACAAAGGGGAUUUAUCCAGAUUUAUCUGGAAAUUCAUAAAAGGUUGUACAGAGCUAUUUAUAGAUGUGAGGAAAGUGAGUGCACUGUUCUAGAUCAGCUGUUACCUUUCCCAGAAAUUGUUUCCCAUAUAAUUUCACAUGCUCAUACUUACAAGUCAAGAUUUAGCAUUUAGAUGCUCUUAAUCUUGACCUUUCAUAGACGUGCUUGUGCAGUAAUUCCUGCUGUCUCUUUGUUUAAUUUUUGUGAACUACAUAAAAAUAUUUUUUUCUUCACCUACCGCUGCCCAGCUGCGUUUUUUGUUAACCUCGGAAAUGGUUUUCUGCACGCACACACAGAUGCAUGUAAGACUUCAUUGCUUGGGAUUUUUGCAAUUGGUCCUUUUUUGAGGACAAAUAAACUUCAGGUUUGGGGUUAAAAUGGUAAAGAGAAGGCUCUCUGGAGAAGAGAAGGCUCAGGGGAAAUCUUACCAAUGUAUUUAGGAAUAGCUGAUGGAGGCGGGGAAGGAGGAAGAGGGAGCCCGGUUCUUCUCGGUGUUGCCCCUGGACAGGACAAGGAGCAGGGGUCACAAACUGAGACACGGGAGACUCCAUCUGAACACAGGAUGACACGCUUUACGGUAAGGGUGACCGAGCCCCGGCACAGGUUGCCCACAGAGACUGUGGAGUCUUGGUCCUUGGAGGCCUCAAAAGCCACCUGGACACGGCCCUGGGCAACUGGCUCUAGGUGGCCCUGCCUGAGCAACGGAGGGCUGGACUAGCUGACCUCCAGAGGUCCCUCCCAACCUCAACCAUGCUGUGGAUUCCCAUCUUUUGUGCAUUUAUUUACUGUUCUACCACUGUCAAGAGCUGUCGGGUAAUUACACUCCUCUGCUCACCGUCAGGAGUUGGGUUCUCCCUGUCAGUCCUUGGUCUCUUUAGAUUUAUUUUCUUCGGGGCGGUGCCACAGAUCUCUGCACAUAUACACUGUUCUGAAACUAAUAGAGGCAAAUUAAAAAUAGCUGGUUUGGUUGUGAUUUGGAAGCUAAUAACUAGUCUAUGCUUCGAGUUAUUUUGGAAUAGUUACUGAAAGUGAAUUAAAAUAAGUAGGGAUUGGUGUGUUCUUGGGGAGACCUUGCACUUUCUGAUUUAACUUUCACAUACAGACAAGUCCUCAUUACCAGCUGUCCCUUGAGCCGUGUUGGUGAAAUGGAUGUGAGGGUCUCAUUCUGGUGAAAUCUCAUUUCUGACGGUCUCAGUCCUUCCUAGUGAGCGUAAAGACACAACAGCUCUUUAGCAUCUUGUGGCAUUUUGCAUUCACCUCCUUACCAGGCCGACAGUGGAGUUGGGGUGUGUCAAGUCUGGACUCAUCUCUGCAACUGAGGUGCAUGAAUUCCCCGAGGAAGUUUCCUGCUCAGAUUUAUUCCUACGUGCAGGUGAGAAGGAAUGGCAUCCCCAGGCCUUCAGAUUUAAAUACCUGAACCCAGCACCUGGACUCAUUUAAAAAUAAUAGGCCUCUCCCUGCCCUCCACAGCCCCCCCCCCCCGCGCCAACCAGCAUCAAAAUAUUUGCACUGUAUUGAUGUUUUAAUGACGUGCUCCAUUUUCUGCUGCAACAAUAGGAGUUUGGGUAGUGUUGCGACAAACUACUGCGUUACCUUUUAAAGGGACUAAUUUCUGUAAAAGGUGGAAGAGCAGCAAUAGAGGGAACAGUUCCAGACACUAUCUGUAAAUAGCUAUGCUAUGCAUGCUAUGCCAGUAAGCACCAGAAGUGAGUUAUGCCUUUUUUAAUAACAAGUCGAGAAGGACAAAAGGGAUAAUUGCCUCUAAGCACAUUUUCUAUAGCCGGAAGAUAUUUCUAUCAUCUGAUUUUAAAUGUCUAGGGUAGGUACUAAAGUUAGGAAACUAGUCUCCUAGGGUCCCUUCGUGCUGGGUAGAUGGGUUCUUCCACAGGGUAAUUCAGAUCGGGAGAUCAAUCUUAAACUGAGGUCUUGAACUGACCUCUAGAGAAGCUGAGGUCCAUAUAGACCAUAUAAAACUUCUGUUGGAAGCUAGCUUCCUGCACUGCGCGUGCUCUCCUAGUGCGUGUGGAUUCAGAGUAGGAGGUUGCUUACCCCUGGGUGCUCCCUGCUAGCCCCCAACUUUCUCUUGCUUCCACCAAAGGCCACCACUUGCGUUGCUGUCUUGGUUGAACUGUAUCUGAUUGCUCCCUACAAAAUAUCUUGACUAAAACGAGGAAACCUUUUGUUUUCUAGUAGUUGAGUGUUUGAAGUUUGGUUUUUGUUGUUUUGUUUGUUUGUUGUGGGUUUUUUUUACCCUCCCAAGUAGGGUAUUAAAUCCAGCAGAAGGAAGAGGGCAUUUAACUUCGGUGAAAAGAACCACAAGCAGCAGGUGGGAGCAUGCUGGUUGUGCAAAUGUUUUAAUUGAAAUUAGCAUAAAUGAGGAUAGCCAGUCUUGAUUGUGUUCCAGGGCUCCUUAACUUUUAGAGAGUUCAUCUCGGUAAACGUGUCGCAAAGAUGUCCAAAGCGAGGUGGUUUGUUUUCGCCUCAUAAUGGUGGUUCAAGCGCUAAACUAUAGAAUGCUACUCCAAACACAGGAGAACGUGCAAGUCCUAGCUGGCUUCAGUAAAUUUCCUAAGGUCCUUUGGAAAACAGACGCUGGAAGUUUUAGAUUAGAAAGGCUCAUAAGAGCGUAUUUAAAGCAUGGUGAAGGCAGUGAUUAACAAAACCAAAAGCGGGAGGUGGGGGCAGCAGUUCGUGGAUGUGUUUUUCAGGACUGUUUCCUGAUGUUAAGCUACAUGGGCCCAUGAAACUAACAUCCACUGCUUUGCACUGCCGCAGUCCUAAAUAUGGACAGUAUUCCAAGAGCUGUGUCUGUGCGUGCAACCUUAGAUCCCGAAUCUGUUCUCUGUGCAGUCAUUCAGUAAGUCAUACACAUUCUCCAUUAGCCCCAUUUUUUGUUUUGUGCUCCUCUUAGUGUACUAACAGUGUUUACCUUAGCAUCUUCCAUAUAUUUAUUUUUAAUAUUCCCCUCUGAGGCUUGUGCAUUUUUUUUUUUAUAUACUUAUGUAGUACUUGAUUACAUUUCAAAAUUACCUUUUCUCCCCCUCUUGGUUUUCUGCUUGACCAGUAGUAAACGGGACACACUUUAUUAGCGUAUUACUUCAGUUCAGAUUUGACUACUGCAUCUUCUCUGUCUGUGUAAACCCAAAGGUCUCUGUGCAUAUGCAGACACAGUUCAGGCACGAAUAUCUGGCUCUUCCUUGCUUGAAUACCUUUGACUCGCACCACUUAAUAUGUUUUCAUGGUAUAUGGUAAGGGUUUACUCAAACACACACAAAACGGACGCGUUAGCCCUAUAUUUAUAAACAAUUGAAUUUAUUAUGGAGAAAUCAUUUAAUGCCUUAUCUUGCUAACUCAAAGAUAGUUUCUUUUUAUCUUAAAAAGUUAAUUACAUAUUUACAUACCAAUUAUUUCUAUUUAGUAAAUGAAUCCUGGUUUAUUCUGACACACUGGAUCAUUUAAAAUGUCAUAAUACUGUGUUGUACAGUUUUAUUCUGUUACUGCCAGUAUAAAGAAGUUGAAAUUAAUGUCCUGAGUUGUCAGUGUCUGCUAUUUCAGAGAUGACAGAAAUGUGUUAAAUAUAUUCAACCUAUAAUAUUUAUCUCGCUUUGUACUUAAUUUGUUUCCCUUUGACUGUGUUGCAAAAUACCAAGCGUACAUAAAAUAAUGAAUAAAUAAAACAAAAAUAAAUUAUUUGUCUACAUUCAUUGAC